AAACUCAACUGCGCUUUGACUGCGCUUUUCUCGAGCCCGGUCAGAACUCAGGUGUGUUUCUUUGUACAUUGAAUCGAUAAACUGCUCUUCCGCAUAUAAUAUCUGGGACUCUUGUGCGCUGCUUCCCUCCUCGUUUCCAUUUCGUACAAGGUCUUGGUCGCGCUAAUUCAAGUUAUCUUCGAAGGUAAAUGGGCUUUUCCCAAGGAUCCCUUUUCUUCCAUCGACCAUGGUCAUUGAUGUAUCCCGCAUAAAGACAAUGUCUUUUCCGCCCUUACCUACGAUCCCCCAAGACAUAUAUAUGGAUGUUGUCACGCAUCGAUCGCUGCAAAGGCCAGCAGAGCCUUCAGACCAUGGGGAUACUGAACGCCUGUCUCUGCUCGGGGAACACGCGAUGAGAAUGGUGGUCGCUCACUACAUAUUCUCCCGGUAUCCCUCCCUCACAGCAGACGGCAUGAAACAGAAGCAAGAGGAAACACUUUCCAAUCACAAUUACAGAACCUGGGUAAACCAUUACACACAACAAUACAAACUGAGGCUACUUGCGGCCCCCGGUACAGAUCCUUUAACAAAUGACGAGGAAAUGAUCCAAUUUUUUCAUACUUAUGUGGGUGCCGUUUAUCAUAAGAAUGGACUAAAAGAUGUCAUAUCGUGGAUUUGGGGAUUACUCGAGCCAUACGACCCUGCGGUAAACGUGGAUACUCCAAGUCAAGAUGGUGGUGAUUCAUCCACAAAUGCUCAACCUCCAUCUUAUCAAAGUCAACAACAGUACACACCACCCUUCCAACCACACCAGCCACAUCCUGGACCUGCCCCGUUUUUCCAGCCACAUCAGUCACCUCCUGUAUCCUCCCCGUUUUUCCAACCACACCAGUCACCUCCUGGAUCCUCUCCACUCUUCCAACCACAUCAGUCACACCCUGGACCAUCUCCACCCACCGAACCUGCUCCUCCCCUUCCCAACGGUGUCCCAACUUUCUUGCCCAACGGUGUCUCCUCCCUGAUCACCCUUGGUGUCGUGAAUCAGACAGCUGUACAGCGAGGUCUUGUGAUCACUUAUGAACCCGAAGCCGUUGGACUUGCACAUUCCCCAAUAUGGACAGUCAGAUGCAUGAUUAACGGUGCUGAACGUGGACGCGGGCAAGGGAAAAAUCAAAAGGUUGCAAAAGAAGAGGCUGCCAGACAAGCCUGGGUAAACAUGGGUUGGUGAUCUUUCUUUUGAAUCUCUUCUGAUUAUAUUCGG